AUGGCUUCCACGGCUCCCACCAAGGCCAAGCACGACUGGGCCGACGACGAUGAUAUCGAGGAGACCAGCACCGAGCUGCCCGCGCCCCAGACCAUCGCCAACAAGGACGGCACCAAGACCAUCAUCACAUACCGCCUCAACGACGAGGGCCAAAAAGUGAAGACGACGCGCCGCAUCCGCUACAUCACGCACACGGAAAAGGUCAACCCGCGCGUGGCCGACCGCAAGAGCUGGGCCAAGUUUGGCGCCAGCUCCAACGACGGCGCCGGCCCGGCGCCAGACACCACCUCCAUCGCUGAGAACAUGAUCUUCCGGCCGAGCGUCAGCUGGCGCAAGGACGCGAAGGACGAGAGCGCCGACCCCAACGCGCAGGCCAUGAAGGACAAGCUCAAGGACAAGAAGGUCAAGUGCCGCAUCUGCAACGGCGAACAUUUCACGGCGAGGUGUCCGUACAAGGACACCAUGGCCCCGAUCGGCGAGAACGGCGCCGCCGACGUCGCGGCGGGCAUGGGCGACGAACCCUCCGCCGGUGGCGCGGGCGGUGCGGGCGGCGUGGGCGCCAAGAAGGGCUCCUACGUGCCGCCAGCGCUGCGCGGAGGCGCCACGGCAGGGAGCACCAUGGCGGGCUCCAAGUAUGGCGAGCGGGACGACCUCGCUACGCUGCGUGUUACCAACGUUUCGGAAAUGGCCGAGGAAGGGGAGCUGCGCGACAUGUUCGAGCGCUUUGGACGUGUUACCAGAGUAUACCUGGCCAAGGACAGGGACACGGGUAUGGCGAAGGGAUUCGCCUUCAUCAGUUUUGCGGAUCGGGGCGACGCCGUCAAGGCGUGCAGCAAGAUGGACGGAUUUGGUUUCAAGCAUCUUAUUCUGCGUGUGGAGUUCGCGAAGAAGCCCCAGUAA